AUGCGUAGCCGCAGGCCCGCAGCCCUGCAGCCUCCGUUCGCCCGCGUCUGCAGUAAAACCCAUUUUUGGGGUUUUGGGUCGCCGAAGGCCUCUCUCUCCCUCGUCCCCUCCAGGCUCCAAGCGCCAACUCUUUGAUUCUUGUGUAGUUUUGGCUAAACACUUCCUCCAUCCCGUGGAUUUUAGGUCUCUCUAAUUUAACCUUCUGUUUCAGUUGCUUCGAGAGUGGUUGAAACAACAUCAAAAGCAGAAGAAGAUGAUUAAUCGUCUCACUCGGAAUCUGCUGAGAGAAACAGUAAAUCAGGUGGUAUUGAAGUCUGGUUGUGUGAAACAAUCUACUGCUGUUGCCAACCGUAUGACCAAGGUUAUAGUGGGAGCUGAUGGAUUUUCUCUUCUAUUUAGAGGCUUCAGGAGUGGGGAAUUUAUCGUUGGCAGUCAAUCAGCAUACCAACUGACAAAUAACUAUAGAGCAAAUACUGUUACUCCUUGCUUUGUGAGAUCCUUCGCAUCAACAACCUCUGAGCCUCCAAGAGAAAACCAAUCCGAGCCUAGGAAAGACAUAUCAACUGUUGAGGAUCCCUUUGAUGCUCCCACUUACAAUAUACCAGAGAAGCCUGUGACCUUUGCAGAGGGGGCUUCAUACAGUGUUAUCAUUCUUGCUGGGCUUGGCAUAGCUGCGGCCGCAGGAUAUGCUGUUUUCAAAGAGCUUAUCUUUGAACCAAAAGAGUACAAGAUUUUUGGGAAGGCUCUGGAUAGGGUUCAAAAUGACAGUCAGGUUAGGGUGAGAAUUGGUUCUCCUGUUACUGGAUAUGGCCAGGAAAGUCGAAAUCGUGCUGCCCGACAACGGAUUCCCAAUAGGAUAUGGACAGAUGAAGAUGGCAUUGAGCAUGUUGAGGUUAAUUUUUAUAUCCGUGGACCGCACGGAGCUGGCAAAGUUUAUGCUGAGAUGUUUAAAGACAAGGUGGAGAGACAGUGGAAAUUUACAUAUUUGAUUGUUGAGAUCAAAUCUCCUUCCCCAACACAACUGAUGCUAGAAUCUUACGUUCCUGCCUGAAUUACAUAAAGGGAGGGGAGGCAAGGAGGUGGAAGAAAAAAAAAUCUUCAUAGAGAGAGAAGGUACUCUGUGAAUGCCGGAGAAACUGAGGAUGCUGACGGAGGCAGAGGCGGCGGCGCCAACGAAGAGAGAGGCGACGGCGAACGCCUUGAAAGGCAUCAGCCGAGAAUCGCCGGCGUAACCUUUUCUGUAAGAGUUGAUUCCCCACGCCAACUGGGCCGUGCUCGCCAGUGCCCACCACCAGUGGCUUCCACCGCCGGCUCGGUUCUCCAUAUGAUGAUUUCUCCUUGGUUUUCGGAUUUGCCACCCACGCCCCUUCUUCGUUGGUUUCUUUUGAUAUGGGCCUACUUCUUGUUGGGCUUCAUGAGUCAAUAUUUUCCAUAGUGAACACUGGGCCCAACCAAAUAAAAUUAAAUUAUUAAACU